AUGUAUGCAAAGAAAAUACCUUCUGAUUGUUAUAACGAAGGAAUCCGAUGCAUUCUAAAACAAAUCCGAAAAUACACAAAGCCAGAGAGCCUGUGGCAUUGGUUAACAGAUGCAAAAUGCACUGUCCAAUUGGACGAAAAAGGACGAAUCACAUAUUUUUGUUCCGAAGAUGGGACCGUCGUUCGUGAAUCUGAUCAUAAGAAAAAUGAAAAGAGAUUUAAGCAGGAGUUAUUAGGUCCACAUUCAGAGAUUAUUCCAGAAAACGCGAAGAGAUCAGCUAUAAAACGCUACAGUAAACCACCAGAAAACGUCCAUUAUUGGAAAUCUGAACCACAUUUUGAGCAUUCGUACUUUGAACAUCAGAAUGCACCGUUGGAUGGGAGAAUCAAUUAUGAUGAGCUAGACGUGAAACCAGUGAUAUUCGGAAAUCGAUGCCUCCAGAAUUCAAUUGAUGCGAAACGGAUGAAAAUUGAAAAACCGGAGGACCCUUUUGCCGAUUUUUCAACUGAUUUUUCCGCCACGUCUUCUAGAAAUAUCCAGGCUCGAGAAGCUCUCAAAGAAUCGAAAAUCAGUGUUCUAUUACUGGCAAAUCACAUUGAAACCACUGCUUUAUACUUUGAAUACAAAAAUCUGGAAAUUCAAGCCUCGCGAGCCGUCGAAAAAAUCAAAGAAUCCGGACGAGAAAUGGCUCUGAGUCUCAGAGAAUUCGAUAAUUUCAUUGAGGCAAUGUUCACAAGUAUUAAAAGAGCCAGAAUUCCAAGAACAGAAAGCAAUCUGCAGUUGAAAACUGUGUUCAAACAUAUAAAACUAUCUUUAAUCCGCCCAUUUGGACCAGAAGUCACUGGCGAAGCGCUGAAAAUAGUGGAUAAGGAGAUCGAAGAGCUGGGAGAGAGCCAGGAUGAAGUGGAGGUUCCAUCUGAGGUGAUUCGCGUUAAUUUGGAUUAUUUGUUGAGAUCAAGCACGGGAUUCUGGACUGAAUUAUAA